ACAUGGAGUGAAAUGAUACGGUUUAAACAUGGAGUGGAGCAAAAGGUGAAGUUGGUGUGUUAGUAAUUAGAAGCAUGAGUUCGAGUAACCCGAGGAAGUUUUCGGAGAAGAUCGCCCUUCAGAACCAGAAGGCGCAAGAAGACCUGGACAGAUACAAUGGAAUCCUGGAAGAGAUUCGAAAAGCCAAAAACUCCUCCCUUCGAGAUGUUAAUUCGGCCACCACAAGAGAUUCGAAUGCCUUCGACGACGAGCAACUCUCUUCUCCUCAAGCGCAAUGCGCGGGCUCGUCGUUCAAGUUGCAGGCGACUACCGGAAACAGCAUCAACAACAACAACUCGAGUACUGGAAGCAUGUCCGGACUAGUAUCAGUGUCUGGACACACAGUUGUUAGUCCGGCCAGCAGCGGUGGAAGCAGCAACGGUGGAGGAUGUGGAAGCAAGCAGCAUAACAAAUUUCUGUCCCCAGCAUACCCGAAUCAGUCAACGGCGACCGGUAGUGGUAGAGCAGGCUCACUGCCAAACGUGACAGCCCUUUUCAGGAACCAAAACCGUCACAUCGAUCUCCAGAAUGCUCUUGCGAAUCUGAAUGUGCUGACGGACAGUGCAAAUCGUGGAGUGUCCAUAUCUAGUUCAGCAAUGCCCCCUAUAGCUGGCGUAGGUGGUGGUGGCUACGCUAGCAGCAGUAGACUGAGUCGUAGUUCGGAUGGCCGACGGGGAAGUCUGAGAGGCGGCACUGCAGCUGCCUCCUCUUUGCAGCAGCAGCAGCACCAAUCGGGAGGCUCGUCUUCCAACGUCCUAAUGAACGCUGCUAUUGUUGCUGCCACGCCCUCCCAACCACCACUUCCUGGACAACACAUGGGCGGUGGUCACAACACUUCGCCCGCAGCCCAGCAGCACCAACAGCAACAGAUGAUGAUGCUGAAUCAUCUGCAACAGGGUUUGAGUGGCGCCCAUCCCCCUCCCCAUAUGGUUCCGCCCAAUAACCUAUGCCUCACCACCAACCACCCGCUGGGCGGAAGUUCCAACAUGUCACGACACCGGGUGGACACUUCGCCUUACGGUAGCUACCUGCUGCCCCCUGGGGGAGGGGCAACCAGUAACGACAACAGCUGGAGGAGGACAAUAUCCGACUCGAGGCUAUACGAAAGUGCCUCGCAGCCGAGGAGGGUGCCGAUGGUCCCCGGAGCUCCCUUCGGCUCCGAAAGGGGUCCGGGACCUGCUCCUCGGCUCUCCCUCUCCAAGUCUAAGUCCCCCUCCAAUCGCAGCAUGUAUUCGGGGGCAACAGGCAGAGCGGGCGACAAGAGGAAAAUGUCAGAUGAUCAGCAGAUGAUGACCAGCUACCACAGGGAAAUCAUGAAAUCGAUGCACCACUCCAGUCCCUCCCCGGACUCCUCGGCUCAGCAGUCCCCCGACACUGGCAGUCCGGCAACCCCCGGAACACGACAGCACUCACUCACUAUCGCCUCACCACCCAUGCUCAACCACAACAAUUCAGUGGCCACCGCCACGGCCAUGAAUAUACCCAGGCCUCCUAGCAACUUGAAUCCAAACACUCUUCACAUGUUGUCUCCAAAUGAGAACCAGAACAUGGCUUCCACUACUGCGUGUCAGGGAGGCGUUUCCCCAAACCAUCCGGGGGGAUCACUGCCCGAUCUCUCCUCUGGGGGGUACCAGCAGCAGACACCGCGGCAGUUGCGAAACCCCAACUUAGAAACCAACUCAGCAAGGAUAAUGUCACUUUCAAAUGCAUCCACCACGUGUGGCGGCGGCGGCCUCAACCAUGUGAACGGAGGAGGACCCAUUCACGAUGCAGACAUGCACGUUAUGAUGACUCAUCAACAGCAGCAGCAGCAACAAGGCGCUUGUCCUGGCUCAUCGGCGGCAGUGUUUAUGGGUGGGAAUUACGUGGCGGCAAACGGAAUGGCCGCAACGGGAAUGGAAGACGGAGCACCAUCAGUAGACUUAGUUUCUCUCUCUCCGUCCUCUUCUCUUCGUCAUUCUAUGUUGUCCACCUCUCCUCAGAAUCUUUCUUCGCCCCACCACCUCGGACGCCACAUGUCAACCGUGCAUCAUAAUCAUCAGCAGCAGCAUCAUCAUCAUCUCAUACAACAGCCACCGCCACAACACCAAUAUGCCCCCCAACAGGUGGCAGAAGCAGGAGCAGGGGGAGGGCGAGGGCACCUGGGUGUUAUGGCAGCCGCCCCCAAUAGCGGAGGUGUGCAGUCUAUAGGUGGCUUGUUGGGGCGAGUAGCAGGGGAGGGCUCUUCCCACAGAGUGCCUUCACAGAGGCUGCAACAACAGCAACAUAAUAACUAUAUCAUCGUGACAGGAGAUAUCAGUAGAGUCCCUUUUGGUAGUGAAUGUAGUGGCAAUAGCAGCGUGGCCCUGCCUCUAAACUUGAGUAAUUGUUUCUCCUCCCAACCUCACCAACACCUCAUGCAGUCUACUGCCAAUCAAAACAGCUCCUGCAGCAAUAAAAUGCCGAAUCCGAACAACAAUCCCAGUGUUGUCGUCACUUCGGCCGCUCUCAAUUCGUCUGGAGGAGGGGCAGACGAGGCAUGGGUGUACAUGUCUGCCGCCUCGGCUGCAUACGAGAGCUGUGGCGGCAAAAAUGCGAACAACGACUCCAAUACGUCGUCAUAUCUCAACAUGAAUUCUGCCGCUGCUCUGCGAGGGGACGCAACAGCACCUCACAUGUCCCUCGUGACGUCACAAAAUCAGAGUCCGCCCGCGGCAAUGUCUUCUGACCCACUCAUGUUCUCUCCGGCGGAUGACUUCACUCACCAAACUGUGAAUGCCUUCUCAAAUCAGCAGCAGCAGCAGCAGCAGAUGCGGCAAUCAAAUCAAAACUCUCAGCAACAAUCACAACUCUGCCAUAGACGGCAGUCGAACAAGUCGCCCAAUGGAGGGAACGGAAGCUACGAUGAGAUGCACUCCUCCUAUUACCAGUCGGGAGCUAUGAUACAGGCAGGUCACACAGGCGGAGGCGGAGGGGGAGGGGAUGUGAAUGGAGGAGGCAUGCAUGUGGGCGGAAUGGGGGCAGGUGUGUUUGAGGAGCAGAGCUACAUGGAGAGUCUCCUCAAUGCGGCCAGUCUGUCCCAGAUACACCAGCAGAUGUCCUACAUGAAAGUGUCUCAGGAUAUGGAUUCGUCCAUGGGCGUGCAAAACCAAAGUCAUCAGCCUGUGAUAUACGUCAGUGAAGCGCAACAACAACAACAACAACAACAGGCUCAGAUGGCAAAUCAACAACAGCGAACAAACUGUGACCUCAAAUUCGAGCCAGAUGAGAUGCUUUUUGAGUCUACGUGCGGGGGCGGCGUUGAAGAUGUGCUGCUGCCGAAUGAAGGCGGCGGCGAGAUGACUCCAGUGGGACCAAAUGACCUCGGUCAAGUGGAGGCGGCCGGGGGCAAACAACAACAGGGUCAAGGUGGCGGCCAAUACCACCACAUGGGGGCGAGGCAGAUUGGCAGAAGUGCUGGUUGUGGGGGUGAGGGUGGGAGAGGAGACGGAGGUGGAGGAAGUCAGGGGGACGUGUUGGCUGCGUCUCUCAGUUCUUUUCAGCAGCAGCAGCAGCAGAGACAGAUACAAGUACCGGACAUUGUACUCACUAAAAGCGAAGAAAUGGACUUUGACAUCGACACUUGUGCACUACAAGACAUGGUGGCCAUGCACCAGCAGCAGCAGAGUGUGAACAACUCCUCCAUUAAUGCACUGGACAUUGAUGCACUGGAGCCUCUGACGGACGCUGACUUGCGCAUGUUGGAGGAGGGCGAGUUCAACAUAGACGAGCCAGGCCUCGAGGAGACGCUAGGGUAGCCAUGUGAAGGUUCUCAAAAGUUACAUCAUCUCGACCUAACACAUUGUAAAGAAGAUUCAAUUUGGCCGCGUUGCUGAUUGGAUUGCAGUCAUUAUCGGAAGAGAGCUACUUAUGUGACAGAAAAAGUAAGAUGUUGCUGAUUGAAGUUGCUGAUUGAAGCCGGCCAAGUGUGAUGGGUGGUGUUCAGGUGAGGAGUCUGUGUAGAGGACUUCGUUUGUGGAUUCUGGCGAGAGAAUGUUCGCUCAAUUUGGUCACGUGCAGGUUUGAGAGCAUAUAAAAAACUGAAAAACUCUAGAUUAGAACAAAUCAUUUUAUAUUAUCUCAACAAAUCUCAACUUCAAACUUCAUAAAAGUGAUGCCUAAAUAUUUUCACCGUUUGCGAUUCUAUUGAAAUACAGAGCUCUACAGCCUAAAUUGCUUAUGCCGAUUUCAUCUAGUCGUGUUUGUAUGUUUUUACAACAAUUUCAAGUAAGGACAGUGUUCGAAAGUCUAUUCUGAUGUACAUAUUGUUAAAUUUGACCCUUGUGCAAAUAAUUUGAUUGUGUUGCUCUGCAAAGUUUAAACUGAACCAAGUUAGAUUGAUGUUAUACAAUUAGUUAACAGUUCAAAUUGUCCAUAACUUGCAUCAUUAUGUCAACAGUUAGCCUGGCUUUGAAUAUGGAAUAAAAAAUGGAUUGUGGGAAAGCGGCCAGUCAGUUUCUAGUCUAUGUUAUAGUCUGUUUUUACAGUUCUUUCCUUGGCUUCUAGUUCAUUCGAACUCUGUGUGCCAAAUGUUUUCAUGCGGGUAUUUUUCUUCAUCUGUAUAGAUAGAUAUACUCUGCACUUGAGUGUUCUUCGUGGACAGUUUCUCGAACGGAAUGCAAUUAAUGUAAUUUUCGUGUUUGAAGAUAAUUGACAGAAAUUUAUUGACUGCGACCCAACCUUUGCCUUCGUUUUUUCCUUAAGGGCAACUAACGUUUACUAUUGACGUCCAAUUUGAAGAAAUAAUUGUGAUUUGAAUGUGGACGAGUCUGUUAAUUUAGCUAUAUGAAGAAUUAGUCUUUUUUGCCCGCUGGCGGGUCAUACUGUCAAAUUUGAGCAAAUCGCUAUUCAAUUUAAUUCAAUAAUUAAAAGUUUAUAAUGAUAUAUCCAAACUUUAGAUGUUAAAUUGUUCUUAAUAAAGUUGUCAUAUGAAAUCUUCGUUUAAAAGUGUUGUAGAUUUUGCACUGCAGUUUAAUCUUUUUCACGAAGUUUUGAUAACAUUUUUCUUGUUGCAGUAGACAUUAAAUGUAAUAAAUAUUUGCUGAAAUGUUAUGAAGUGAGUGGAUAUUUCCAGCUUUUUCUAUAAUCCAUCUUGAGAGCUAUACGUUUGUGGGAAACUGAAAGUUGGCCAGAAGACUGAACACUUGUAAAAGCAUAAUAAAGAGUGAUUCAAAUGAUGGCGCUGACCUGCUUAGCAGUAGUUGUAGGUUCAAUUCAAGCCAACUUGGUUCACCUCUCAACGCAAUUGCUACUUUCCAAUACUCCAUUACCUGUUGAUUAUCUCAAUUUGAAUCUAUCGCUGUUUCGUUUCGUUUUUUUUCUGUUCUAUUCAAAUACUCUUUCUAUGUACAUUUGUUGUUAUCCGUAGUAUUACAUUACUAAGCUACUGUGAUAAGUGUGGUUGCUAUUUGUUCAACCAACUAUUGUAGAAUAGCUAUUGAAAUAUUAAAAAUUAUUAUUGAUAUCAAGUGCGCUAAUCACUUCCAUCCUCGAAAUAAAAUGUUCAAAUUGU